CAAUGCCUACUUUCCCAUUUUUCUUGUAUUUAAGACUUGUCGCGAAGCUGCUUUUUCUUCUACAUCGAGACAAUGGCUACUUGUGCUUGGUUACUCUCCCUUUGCUUUACUCUCGUUUUCUGUCUGUGUAAUGCCUAUCGUACGCCACCCAUUUCCCCAUCCCUUGAUGGAUUUUUGACCAAUGGUAACUUCGAGCAAGCACCCAAGAAAGAGAACCUCAACAAAACAGUGAUACUGGGGAAAUACUCGCUUCCAGGAUGGGAAAUCGAUGGCACGGUGGAGUUCGUGUCAGGGGGACCUCAACCUGGUGGGUUUUACUUCCCCAUUCCUCGUGGUGCCCAUGCUGUGAGGCUGGGCAACGAGGCGUCCAUCUCUCAGAAUGUGAAUGUCAAGCCUGGCUUCAUUUACUCCAUCACAUUUGGUACCACAAGGACUUGCGCCCAAGAUGAGGUGCUCAGGAUCUCUGUCCCUGCUCAGACCACUGACAUCUCCAUUCAGACCCUUUACAGCACGGAUGGUGGUGACACCAUGGCUAUUGCUUUCAAGGCUACCGCUAAAGUAGUCAAGGUCACCUUCCAUAACCCUGGGGUUCAAGAAGAUCCAACAUGUGGACCUCUCUUGGAUGCCAUUGCCAUCAAAGAAAUGCCUCCUCUAACUUAUACCAAAGGAAACCUAGUGAAAAACAGUGGGUUCGAGACUGGUCCCCAUACCUUCAAGAACUUCUCAACAGGGGUCCUCCUGCCUCCGCACAAGCAAGACACCAUUUCACCACUCCCAGGGUGGAUCAUUGAAUCCCUAAAACCCGUAAAAUUCAUCGACAAGAAGCACUUCUCGGUUCCUUCAGGACAGUUUGCCAUCGAGAUGGUUGCGGGAAGAGAGAGCGCCAUUGCCCAAGUCAUCAGAACAGUUCCCAACAAAGACUAUACCCUCACUUUCACAGUCGGAGAUGCCAAGAACGAUUGCCAUGGAUCAAUGAUGGUCGAAGCCUUUGCUGGUAAGGGAACUCUCAAGGUCCCAUAUGUUUCCCAAGGAAAGGGUGGAUUCAAGACCUCGAGUUUUAGGUUCCAAGCUAUCUCUGCUAGAACAAGGAUUACUUUUUACAGUGCUUAUUACCAUACCAAGUUGCAUGAUUUUGGCCAUAUGUGUGGGCCUGUCUUGGAUGAUGUCAAGGUUCUCCCUGUCUCUUAAUCAAAACCAUGGUUGUUGGUAGGCCGCCGGUACCAAGUAGCUUAAUGAACACAUAUAUUCAAAGUUUGAUACAUUGGUCGACACUCAGAAUUAUUCCAACUUUCUUUUGCCUCGUGAAAGAACUUUGGCUUGGCUUAUUUGCCUUUUUGCUUCUUUUUUUUUUUUAGUUUGGAGGUUUCUGACGGAAAGAUUGCUGUUAGAUGUACUAGUAUAAAACAGGGUCAUUGAAGAACAGCGUCAUGCAAGCUUUUAAUAUCUUGAUGACUUAUUUUUACAUGUUUAAGUCGCAAAAGUGGUCUUGAAAUGAAUUAUGUAGUUUCGAAUAAA